AUGCUUCCCAGAGUGAUCCCACGCUUAUACCACUCGCAGGAUCAUGCUAGCUCGAACAAUAUUGUUGAUUCUCGGUCAAUUGAGUCGAUAGUUUUCAAUAAAUCCAUGGAAAACGUACCGAGAUUUGGGUUUGAUUCCUUGUCUAUAACGCAAGCUAUUCGUGACUUGGGAUACCCUGACUCGUUAGAAAGUGGAUUGACGGGUUUGAGCAAUGGGAACAAUUUAGAUUUUCAAUUAAUGUUAUACUGGCUCAAGAGCUCGAGGCAAAGAUUGGUGGAAGACGUCUUGGACGGGGACAGCGAAUUCCAUAAGAUUAGUAAUGAGUAUGAGAGGGUAAAAUAUAUGAUAAAUAAGAGAUUGGAGUAUAAUCAACCAAUUAUUUCGAAAUUAGGACACGGAAUGUCAUUAUUGGUGGUUCCUUAUAAUAUUCCCCAAUCGAUUGAAGAAUUACAUAAUUUAAGUGAUGAUAUAGCAUAUUAUUCAGGAGAUUUAUCUAAUGAUUUUGCCUGGUAUUCUAAGAGAUUUAGUUUUUCAAGUGUUUAUGUUAGCUCGGAAUUGUAUAUGUUACAAGAUAGCAGUGAAAACUUUGAAAAAACCAAAGAAUUUGUUAAUAACAAAGUGGAUGAAGUUAAAAAUUUAGGAUAUGCAUAUAAUAGUGUUGAGCAAUGGUCAGUUUUCAAUGCAUUUCUGUUAAUAAAUUUGAUUAAAUCUCAAUUAUUAAGGGGGUAA